GGGCCCGGCCGGCAAGCGAGGACGUCGGCAAGCGGCGUGAGCGUUUCUUGUAGCGGGAAGAGAAGGAGCCGGGCCCCUUUCCCUUCUCGCCAUGAUGCGUGAAGGGCUGAGGCGGCGGCAGCGACCGGGAUAAGCGAUAAACUGUAGCAUCGUCCAAAUGCCUUGUACUACUCAUCUUACCCUUGUGUUGGUUGGUGACUGAAACACUACUAAAAUGCAUCAGAAACUCCUGAAGAGUGCUCAUUACAUUGAGCUAGGAAGCUACCAGUACUGGCCUAUUCUGGUCCCUCGAGGAAUUCGCUUGUACACCUAUGAACAGAUUCCAGUGUUCCUUAAGGACAAUCCUUAUAUCACGGAUGGCUACAGAGCAUACCUACCUUCCAGGCUGUGUUUAAAAAGCCUAUUCAUUUUAUCCAAUGAGACAGUCAACAUCUGGAGUCAUUUACUGGGCUUCUUCCUCUUCUUCACUGUGGGCAUAUAUGACAUGACUUCUGUGUUGCCUUCAGCGAGUGCCUCUAGAGAAGAUUUUGUAAUUUGUUCUGUUUGUCUCUUCUGCUUUCAAGUCUGUAUGCUUUGCUCAGUAGGGUACCACCUCUUCUGUUGCCAUCGCUCAGAAAAGACCAGUCGACGGUGGAUGGCAUUGGAUUAUGCAGGCAUUUCCAUUGGUAUCCUGGGCUGUUAUGUGUCUGGAGUCUUUUACGCAUUUUAUUGCAAUAAUUACUGGCGUCAAGUAUAUUUGAUCACUGUGCUUGCUAUGAUCUUGGCAGUGUUCUUUGCUCAGAUCCACCCCAGUUACCUCACUCAACAGUGGCACAGGCUACGCUCCGUCAUCUUCUGCUCCGUGUCGGGCUAUGGAAUCAUUCCUACCAUCCACUGGGUUUGGCUCAAUGGAGGUGUCAGUGCAUCUAUUGUGCAGGAAUUUGCUCCCCGUGUGCUUGUGAUGUACUUGAUAGCUGGCAUAGCAUUUCUCUUCUAUAUUUCCAAAGUCCCAGAAAGAUAUUUCCCAGGGCAGCUAAACUACCUCGGCUCUAGCCACCAAGUAUGGCACAUUCUCGCAGUGGUGAUGUUGUACUGGUGGCAUCAGUCUACCGUGUACAUCAUGCAGUACAGACACAGCAAGCCUUGCCUUGACCACAGCGCACACUAGCACACCAAGAGUUUCACCGAAGGUGUGACAAUGAAUGCCUGCUUGCUUUGAAUCCUCUCCACAUUAGGGUUGGUAUAUUAGCAGACAUUCCCAAGGCAAUUGAAUAGGUCUGCAGCAACCAAAUAACUUUCUGUUCGGGUUUAGGACAGUGAAACAGCUGCAGCGGUCACCCUGUAUCGGGGUAAUGUUACUGGGCCAUAUAAAAAGAUGGAUCACUAUUUGAACUACUGAUGGUAAUAAGGCUUUGCCGGAGGACCGUUGAUAAGCUGAGGAAACAUUCUCUAAAAUGCAUGCGUAUGAAGUUCCUGUGAUAAAUUCUCAUUCUGGGACCUCACCUUGGAACUUGAAAAUCCAGAUCGUCUGAUGUAUCCUUUUAACGUGUUCUGUGUCCUUGCACUGAUGUUUGCUGUUGUAAAAUUUUAAAUAUGAAUUUGAAAUUCUUUUAGAAGAAAGGAACUCCAGUAUGACUGUCUGCUGCAGCGUUCUUCAGUGGUAACUUAGCAGGUUAAUCCUAUCUUUGGAAAAGGUGUUGAUUCCCGUCCAAAAUUUUAGAUUCCAGUUUGCUCUUUAAAAUGCCAUUCAGUUCGAAGCCUAAACUGAAACCCCUUGUGUUGCCUAUUGCAAAGUAUGUAAAUGAACAGAGGAUAAUAGGUAGUAAAACAACACAUCAAGAUGCUUGCUGCUACUUUGCUAAGCAAAAUGGCUCUGAGCUAUCUUUUGGGAGGAUGACAUUUGCAUGUUGCCAAAUGUAGAGCAGCCGUUUGUGCCUGGGCAGCUACUCCCUGCCUCAUUGCUCUUUUUUGAACUGAGUGGCAAACAUGUCCGUAGUCCACUACCAAUGGACUAUUGUUUCAGUCAGUCCAGAACAUUUUUGUAUCUGGCUAGUGGUGUGGAGACCUCAUGUUGAACAUCCAGCUGCUAUUUUGCAGCAAACUGGUGUUUUGAGAGGAGGAGGAGAAGUGGGAGGAAAGAGGUACUUACCCUGUUCCACUUCCCCUAGCUUGGGGUGGGGGGGAGAAUUGGUAUGCAGGGGAAUUGUUAAGGUGUGCUGGUUGAGGUGGAUCUUGCCCUAAAAGAGCAGCUUAUAAAUUCCUUAAAUAAUCAAGUGCUUCUCUUCCUGUCCACUCCUUCUCCGUUACAUAUGUCCUCCUGAUGCUGCUUUACCAGGAGCAAUAGCCAGGGUCUCAAUAAUAAGAUUGCAGAACCACGUAGUUGUGGUCUAAGUUUAGAUUUUGGAAAAUGGCUUUUUUAUAGAUUAGUACAGCAUGAUUUUUGUUCAUGUAUAGGUUGCAAUAGUCUAGAGGUUGAGCACCUGACUCUUGUAAGUAUGCAUUAUAAUAUACUUCUUAAAUAGAUCGCGGUCUCAGGAUACAGAGGGAGACCUGGUAAAAAUGUAAGUUUGUGAACUACUGGGGAUGGGGGGAAUAGUAAUUUCAGAUCAGUACUCCGUAUCCCGCAACAAGGACUUUUCUGCUGUGCAGGAGUGGGCUGAGGAGUGGUGGCAGACAGCAAAGGGAGAGAGAAAGAGAUGGGGUGAAGAUGUGUGUACAUGGACGGGGUGGGUCUUCUGGGCUGACAGCUUCCACCUGAGGGAAUGCAGGCCUUAAAGUGAGGGAAAAGUUCCCACAGGGACUACAUGUAGUUAACUGUAGAGUGAGCCUGGGGUUUGUCCUCUCCACGUAUCACCACGCAUUGAAAUUUUAAUGUUAACUGGAAUUUGU